GAGUCAUGGAAUUCUUGGAUCAAGGAGCACAAAGAUCUACCUGUUCACUGCUUGGCUGAUGCAAUUAGGGAGCAGACACUCAUUCUUUUUGCAAAAAGGAGGAAAAUAGCUAGAGCAUUGCCUCCUGGAAUUCUGCCUGCAAUCAUCCAUCAGCUAAAUGCAGCUUCAAAGGGUUUGGACCAUCUAAAAGUGACUAAAGGGUACCAAGAGGAGGCAGAAGUGACUGAGAUCUACAAAGAUGAAGAGGUUAGGAGGCAUGUUGUAUAUCCAACACAACAUAUAUGUACCUGUAGAGAGUGGCAAGUGACUGGGAAGCCUUGCCCUCAUGCAUUGGCUCUAAUCACAACCCAGAGGCAACCCAAUAUGGGCAUGUAUGUGCACAACUACUACUCAGUUGAGAAGUUCCAGGCUGCAUAUAAUGGGAUCAUUCCUAGCAUCACAGAUAGAACACAGUGGCCACAGGUGGACAAGGGAUUCAAAUUGUUGCGACCAAAUCAAAUGAAGAAGAGAGAGCCAGGCAAACCGAGGAAGAAAAGGAUACUAGCUGCUUCUGAGAGAAGUGGAAAAGCAACAAGACAGGUUAGAUGCCCUGAAUGUCUAGAAUAUGGCCACAGGAAGGGAAGCUGGAAGUGUUCAAAAAGUGGAAAAGAACAAAAAAAACAGCCCCAAAACCUGGAAGAAAGAAGAGCAAGGUCGACCCUACCCCUACUGGAGGCGACACACCAAGAACAAGGUUAGCACUGGCUAGAGAAGCUGCAAUUCAGGCAGCAAGGGAGGCAGAGGAGGCAGCAGCAAAGGCUGCAGCAGCAGCUGAAGCUGCAGCAGCCGCGGAGAUACAAGUCAUACCUCCACUUCAGAUUGAGCAACCACAACCAUCAUCACCUGCAGCUAGAAGGCAUAUUUGUUGGGACCUGCAAGUAGGCAAUGAGGUGGAUGAAACAGCAACAACAUCGCAUGAACCACCUACUAAAAAGAUGACACCAAGGAGGAAGAUCCUUGCUACAAGGAAGAAGAAGAGUCCAGCAAAGAAUGUCAAAAAGUGACUGCACUUUUCAGCAAGACUAGGGAGAUCUAUUUUGGUUGUGCAAUGAACAAAGUUGUAACUUUUGAUGCAUGUGUGGUCAGUCCACUAAACAAUUUGUGUGUCCAGAACAAUUUGUGUAUGGCCUUGAACUAGUUGUGUGUGGCCGUGAACUAUUUGUGGGCACAAGUAGCACAAAACAUGCAUGUGUGAUGUCCAGACUAGUUGUAAAAUGGCUAGAACUAUGGUCUGAAUUUUUAAUUAUGGUUUAAAUGUGAUCAUCUGUGAACCUGAAGGCCAUAUGGUUUAAAUGUUAUCUGCGUAGCAAAAUAGGAGGGCAGGGAGGUCUUUUCCCCUUAGUCUUCCACGCUGGCCA